CUUUCAGCCAUCACUCGCGAAUGGUUAACGUACGUAAUCGAGACUCAUUCCGCGAGUCAGGUGUGUUAUGGGUAUAUCCCAGUGAAAAUGGCGUAGCCCCAGUGCACCAGUGAUUCCAAAACCUCCUCAAAGUCGCAAGAAAAGUCCCAAAAAACGUUGAAUUCUGCCACAACUCCAGGGUUGAGGCUCACAAUUCUCUCCCUCAACAACGCGAAUCCAAAACAAAGCAACAGUGAGUGUCGAGUGUAAUGAUUGGUGCGUCGAGAAUUAUGAGACAGGGAGGACUGCCCAGUAUGAUUCAAUAACACUAUCCUCCAAACGCUAACCUCAAAGUGAAAUAAUGAUCAGUGAAUGUGUCUCGUUGUUAGAUUGUUAUUAAUCGGUGUAAUAAAUAAAGACAUCGAACGAUGUCGUUCACAAAGCGUCGAAAAUACGUCCUCGUGACAGCUUGACGAUUUUCAUCAUAACACAAGAUGGCACCACCGGCUUUUUGACAUUUAACCACACAGACACACGCCUAUCAGCUGGAUUAAAAAAACGUGACGACUGUUCAGUUUUUUGUUCUUUGUUUUUAUUUUCUUUAUUGGGAGUUAUAGUGCAUCAGCAGAGUGUAUUAUGAGCAGAGAAUUCUACGUACCCUGCACACCAUACGCAUAUCCGUAAUCAAUCGGCCGAUGGCUUCGAGACACUCUUCGAGCCCCGUCAUGUACCCCUAUUCAUGCCAUCUCAUGAAAACAAUGAUUACACAAUGAGCUCAACGACAAUUGAUUCCAGUUCGUCGUAUGGCAGUGCGGUGGCCCAACCGACGGCGUAGUGGUGAGCAACGAUCCCGUGGGUAUGGACUGUAUGCCCCUUCGGCCCGGACCCUUUCACUACUUGAUAAGCGAGCAGGCAAAGUCCCUGGUAGCCCUCCAGGAGCUGCAGAAUGAGGUCGGUGCACUACUCGAAUUUCGGGACCUCGUUAUCGAGACAUUCCCAAACCUCAGGCACAAGAUGGCAGUGUCGGCAACGGCCUCGGUUUCCGGCUCCGUGAUGUCCUCCUCAAAUCAAUCCUCUCAUAUACCAUUGCCAUUAUCAUCGCCAUCGUCUCGGAGAAUUGGCGAAUGGGAGCCGGGGAAGGUUAGGAGGAGGAUAGCACCACGAGAUGGUGAUACAUCGUCAUCAUCAUUACCAAGAAGUCGUAGUAAUUCGCACAGCGGUGGUAGUAAGAACAGUGGAACAGUUCAGGACUCGGGUUUCAGUACAGAAACAUCGUCAAAGGAUAGUGCAUCAACGGCAAUACCACGUCCAGCAUCACCAAAGCCUGUUCUCGAUGAAGCUGAGGAUGAAUUGUGGAAUCUUUUGGAUGUAAUCCAUAGAAAAGGAAUAAGACUUCGAGAAGAGGUUGAAUCACUUCAGGGACGACUUGAAAGUGUUGCACCCGAUGAAUUAGGUAUUACCGAUGAUGUUUUGGAGGCUGUGAAAAAGGUGACUGAUAACCCUGGUGAAUUAUCCAGAGACGAUCUCUACGAGAAUGAUCACGAAGUGACACUUCUCAAACGAGAGAAGGAACAAUUGCUCGAUAAGGUUGCAGAAUUGGAAGCCGAGACGAUCUCCAGUAGGACAAGGGCACAAGAACUUCAACUAGAACUUGCUGCUCUAUCAGCUAUCAAGAGUGGACUUGAGGAUAGACUCCGUGCUGGCCUCGAAGGGGACUCGGAGAUCGUGGUGCCUUCGGUGCAGAGAAAACCUGUGGGUAUUGUCUCAUCUUCUCCACUCACUUCCCCCAAACAUUCGGUUAAUAUUAGAAGUAAAUCUUCGGCGUUUGCCUCGGUGGGCUCCAAGGCGCAUAAGAAUCGCUUCAGAACGAGGACCAUUGAGAAGAAUGUUCUUGCAAAUGGGGCUGUUCUGCCGGGGGGUGAGGAUGUCGAUCCUGAGGCUGCUGCUCAUGCCAGGAGAAUCAGACUGGGUGCACUGGAUUCGGUUCUCGUGUCUCCUACUAGGAUAGCUCAUAUUAAGAACGUUGAUUCCGGAAAAAUCGCUGCGAUUCUCAGGGAACGCUCGCCUCUGGAACUGCAGAGACAUCUUAUCACUACUACCGUCCAUAAUCAGUGCCUGCAAAACCGACUAGACGAAGUGAAGAAGAGUACAGAAACCCUAUCAGAUCGUCUGGACAAGGUUCGAGAGGAGAACGACGAAUUGCGAUACCAGCUGGAGGAAAGAAACAUCGAGUUGGAGGGUACCCGCGCUCGAGUCCGUGUUCUGGAGAAGCAGCAACAGCGUCCCUCCACGGAGCCACUGAACGAUCCUGAUUCCUCGGAAGUGGAACCCAGAUGUGAGCCAAGCUGUCUAGAGCCAGGAAGCAGUACAGAAUCGGCUCGAGAUCACCAUCAAAUUGUGGAAGUGAAGCCCUCCCCCCGACGACGUCCACCAAGUAGAAUUCCCCUACCGGGUACCAAGCCAACAGCACCAAGACCCCCCACAAAAAGUGACAGUCGUGAAUCCCUAAAGACAUCCCUGAAAUCAUUAACAAAACCUACGAGGGACUCUAGUCGUGAGAGUAAUAAUGACAGAACAAAAUCAUCAUUGACGAAAAAUCGUGACUCGAGUCGUGAAUCACUGAGCAAAAGCCUCCCAAAGACUGGCAAGGAUACGAGUAGAGAAUCCCUGAGUAAAUCAUUACCCAGGAAUAAUUCAAGUCGUGAUUCACUCAACAAAUCAUCACUAUCACGUGCCAGAGAUUCCUUAGAAACGAAUAAUCAUCAUUAUCAAGGGCUUAAUCACAAUUAUCAGGGAAUUAAUCAUCAGGGAAUGAUUAUGAAAAGUGGUACUGUACCGAGACGACCAGUUGCACCAGCAAGACGAUCGCACAGUUUAGCAAGGGCCUCGGUUGAUACUGACACUACCGGCAAGGCCCUCACUGAUCCCCCAACCUCCUGGUGUUCAUCAACCAGUUUCCGUCACAGUGAGUCAUCACUCUAUCCAGACUCAUUGAAUCAGGAUUCAUCCCUCAACGAUUCAACAAAAAUCGAAUUCAUAAUUGGCUCACCAACAAGGAGAUUUCGUCCACCAUCCGCCUGGCAAAAUUCCUACUUUGAUAGCAUUGAAUCAUCAGCAAUGGCAGCUGAGAGCCUUUCCACUGGUGAAUUUCCACUGAGAGGCGGUGAGGCACUUGCCGAAUGCGAUUCGCUCGAGUGCCAUCCAAUUUUCAGCGAAGGAUAAAACAUCAUACAGUGAACGAAAUUAUCUGCAAUCAGCACUUCAACUCAAACACUUACAAAAACAUUCUUUUCAACGAAUUUGAGAGCUUCCAAGGACAGCCUUGAAUUUACCAACGAUAAUUUCGACAAUUAGGUUAUUCGUGACAAUUCUAAUGAUAUUAACAAAUUGACACGUGAGAACACUCAAAAUUAUCAACAAAAAUCUAUUUUCAUUUGCAUUUUUAUGAGGUUGGAGUGGAAGAGGGAGGCAAUUAAUUAAUGUAAACCGAAAGUCAAAAUAAUCGAAAUCAAUAGGUCCAUAGGUUUUCCACGAAAAAUUCUCACAAAUAAAUUAACUUUCCUCCUUCUACCACUUCAAUCACAACUGAAAUAAUAAGACUCAUUCAGGAAUCAGUUUGCCGCGCAAACUUUGUAUUCCUUGACCCCUAAAUACCUCGAAAUUACUGAAACUCGUUCAGUCUGAAUCCACGUGCAUUUUGUAUCCUAGCUGAUAAAAAAAAACACAUAACAUCAUUUUCUAUUUCAAUCAGGCUGUGUCUGUCUGUGCUUAGUUAAAUUUUUUAUAAUUCAAUUAAAUUAUAAAGUCCUAAGUAAACGAUACUUGUAAUAACUUGUAAAUAAUUUUUUCUUUCAAUCUAAAUGUGCGUAGAAACUGGUGGAAAGCGCCGGGAAUCGUUGAUUUUUUUUUGUCAGGAGAUAAUGCAAUUUAUUGCAUUCCAAUGAGCAUUUGUGAUUUAUUAUCUCAUUAUUAUUUAUUAUUAAUAUUUUGAUGUAGAUGCAUUGUUAGGAUUGUGACACUUGAGUACAAUUGUUUGUUACAAUGAGUGAAUUAUGAAUUAAUUAUCGAGAUUAAUAGGGGGGAGUCUGGAGGGAAUAUUUAGAAAUAUAUUUAGUCUUGUACAUAUCAGAGAAGCCGACAGAGUGAGAAGGAAAGGAUAAAUCAAGAACAUCAAGUCCCAACCACUAUCAUUUUAUGAACUAUUUUUCAUCUCUGGCAGAUAGAAAUUAUUUUUAUGUGUAGGAUCAUUCCAGGGUCUAAAUGGAAUGCUAAGAGGCUUCCUGCUUCAAGUAUGAAAAGAAAAUGAUAAAAGUAUAAAAAUGAAUGAGUGCAUGUCACCUGAACGUCAGAUUUGAAAAAUAGCUGGAAAUCCAUACGCGAUAGCAAAUUGUUCAUUGAAAUCUUUUUUGUAGCUCUAUUUUUUUCUCAAAGAAUGUACUGAAAGAUUUCCCCAUCUUCAUUAGAUUUGAAAAUAUUUAUCAAAGAAUGAAAGAUUCAAUGAAAAGUUAAAAGUGUAAAAUCUGACGAUUUUUGAACUCAGCCGAAUAUCACAGAGGAUUUACCUGUGAUCUAGUUUAUAAUAAAUUAAGACUGUGCAUACAGUUUGAUCAGAUCUCACGAUGACUCUCGACUUGAAGCUCAUUCAGUAUCUAUUUAAAAAACAAUAUAUAAACAUCCCGAAAGACUUGUUAAUUUUUUUCUUUUUAAAAUGAUGUAAUCAAGAUCAGUUAUUGUCUAAAUAGGGAUUUAGAAUAUCAAUUACAAAGACUCGUGUGAGAUUUCUUCAAGCGUCGGUACGUGUACACAUGGUCACUAACUUGUGAUUAACAUAGAUAAGCUAAUAGGACUGACAGGACAUUACUUAUUACGUUAGUGCCUGAUGAAUUUUUUUGUGAAGUGAAAUUUUCCUGUAAAAUUGAGUGGAAUGAAAUGAAAAAAAAUGACAGAUGAUAAUUGAGUGACUAGAGGGAUUAAUAAUUAAUUAGGAAAUGCCUAAGGCAGUUAAUUCAUGAUUAUAAUUUAUGAUUAUGUAAUUUUUCUUUAUUUCUCUUCCACUCGGUUUUGUUUCGCUAGAGUUACACGUACUGAUGACUCUAGCGUUUGCAAAUGAAAUUCUGUAUUGAAGGGGGGAAGGGAGAUGUGUCGAAAAUUUAUUAGCAAUUUAUUUAACAGAUAUCUUGACAGUUAGUAGGCGCAGAGGAAAAAACAAAUUUUUGCAAGCCAUAAAAUCAUGAAAUAUUGGCGAAGCAUUGUGCGGUUUAUUUUGAGACUAAUUAUUUUACAAAUAAAUUCGUUUCAUCUCUCAAUUUUCACCCCUUCAAAACCGAAUUCAAAAAAGGUUUUGUUUGCGUUUAAUGCCAUCGUGUGAUGGCUAUUGCAACCGGAGUUAUGGAAAAUAUGCUCAGAUAUUGUAACUACGACGUCUGUCACUGGAGACUAUUAUUUUUAUACGAAUAUAAUUGCAAUGAAAUGUCGAAUGAAAUUAUCCAAAACUUUU